AGAGCAGGUGCGGCACCGGAGUUUCCGCCCACCAUGCACACCAUGGAGAUGGAAAAACACAAACCACAGCAGUAAACAAAGUCACAAACACAGGAACAUAACACAGUCAGGAUUUUGUGCGUGACGUUACCCCCCUAGCAAUUAUACAUUUAUGUGGUUUCAUCGUUAUAAAUGCCUCGCUGAGGGCACCAUAACUUUGAUGUGGCUUGCAAUGGAAACAACUUUGACAGCCUUGGCCUAAUGUGAUGUCAUUUUAGCUCUAUUGUACUGAGGAAUCAGAACAAAGACAAGUGUACCACUUUCCCUACGUGGGCAAUAAGUUGCAUGGUUCCUCGUUGCUGUCUAAAUGUCCAUGAAGAAGCUGAGACGCCUUGUUUUGCGUUAAGGCUAUCAGGCUUGCCCACACUCUGUUUCCUGUAGGACCACGUGCUGCUCGUAUCCUGUUGGGUGGGAAGCCAAAAAAAAUGCUUAAGUUUUUCUUUGCCUCAAAUGUGCAAUGGAGUGUGUUUUCAUCACCUUUCUUCUCAUUCCCUCCAUGUUUCUGCGUUCCUAUUGUGUCGACGCCACAGGCAACUGGCAUGAAAUUGUGGUGGAAAGAGAGCACCGAGCCAUCACCUUGGAGUGCAUCCAUACAGAAAUGAGGGCCGGCGUGAACGUCAACUGGAAGGCCAAGCCCCUCGGUGCGCGCGACUGGAAACUUGUGCUAUCGGCCAGUGAGCUCCAGGAAUUCUCUGGCAGUGUCUCUAAGCCUUCUAUGCGCCUGGCUGACAACAACUACCGACACACGGGCAAUUUCUCACUGCUUCUUCAACCUGCCAUUCAGGAUGCAGGCCUCUACGUGUGCUUGAUAGAGCAGCUACAGAACAAAAUCAAGGAGAAGAUCAUCCUUUUAGCCAUCAUCACUGUCACCAGCAUCCCAGCAUCACCUAUCCCUCAGAACAGCACCCUGCGUCUGAUUGCCAAGGUCACUCCAGAGUUUGCCUGUGACUGGAUCUCCUGGCACUCUCCGGACGGCACCUCCUUAAAGACCGUGUUGAAGCCCAUCGCGGGAAUCGUGACCAAACUUCCUCAGGUCACGUACAGCGAUGCCGGCUCCUACGAGUGCAUGGUUCAUCCACCGGGAAGCAAGAACGACACCGUGUUCACAUUUGCCGUGAACAUCAUCGUUGAUGCUGUCAGCCAGGCCAAAUUCACCAGGGUGCAGCACAGUCCACCCAUCUUCACGGCCACUCAGGCCAGGACGGCCUUCCCCCUGACCUGUCCCAGUGUCCGAGGGGACUGCGUCUUCCUCUAUUGGCAAGGCCCCAAAUUGAACCAGAGCAAGCUGGUGUACGGACACGAUCGUUGGAGGGGCAAGACGUUGAACACCGACGAAAACUUCAAGCUCCAGCUGGCUGGCACACCCUACAAUGCCGACACCGGCAGCUUUUCCUUCAUCCACAUACCGGGCCUCAAAGACGGCGGCCUCUACAUCUGUGACGUGAUUGUCAACGACCAUGUUUUCAGCCAGAGAACCCUGCUGAGUGUCUUGAAAGUGAUGAGUCGGCGUGCGGAUUCCAAGCUGCAGCUGGAGUGCCUGUACAGCGAGGUUUCCCAGGUCCAAGAUGCCACGUGGGAAUUCCAGAAUAAGAGUCAGCGACUCUGGAUGUCGAGCAGCGGGCCCGGCAGCGUCACAACCGCUCUGACGUUGCCCGUCACCUCAGAUAGGGCCGGCAACUACACGUGCACCUUACAGCUAAAAAACGGCCAGACUAUCAGUGCCACGUACGCCGUCAAGCAACAAGAGAGCGUCCCUACACCCUCGCCGCACUCUUCUUUCCACCACCUCCUCCUUCUGGUUUUAUUACUUCUGGUGCCCCUGGUUGCCGCCAGCAUGGCUGUGUUGUUAUGGCGACAGAAGCGCAUCUCCCUGCGAGGUAUUGAGCAGUCUUUGUCCUUCCAUUCAGGCGAGACGGAGAACAUCUACGAGAAUCCCGAAGAUGUCAGACAGGCUCUUCCGCCAGGUUCGGUCUAUAUGGAUUUAAAGCCAAGACAAGAUGAUGUCUACAAGGAGCUGGAGUGCUAAGCACAGAGAAGCAUUACAUCACCUGUGUGUGUGUGUGUGUGUGUGUGUGUGUCUGGGUGUCUCUGUAUGUUGAAUGAGUGUGUGUGGCGGCUUCCUGGCAUUUUCUUUACACAGCCUGCACAUCACUGCGACACCGUGGCACGACAUCGCGUCACGCGCUGACAGGCAACGCUCCGCCGCCUUGUGUUGUUGUUUGAGUUGCGUGGGCUGUCUCAACGUGUGUGUUUGUGUGUGUUGAAAGAUGAAUAACACCCUUUGUGUGUGUAUGUGUGUUGAGUGGGUCUUUUUAAUGCCAGAAGUGAUCACUUACAUGCACGUAUCGACCUCAUGUUGCUGUCACAGCUCGCCUGUGUGCUGCAGCGGGGGGCUUUUAUGAGGAGCACAGCAAUUGGAUGUAUAAUAGGCUCUUGAAUAGACUUGGAAAUGGCACUCAAGUGUGAAAAUGGUCUCAAGAAGAAUGCUUAUUUGUUUGUAUGUCAUUACGGAAUUACAAAUGCAGUGUCAAAAAAGUGGUUCAUUUAAGCAGGAUAUAUUAUAUAUUGGAUGUUAACUGGAUGUUUUUCCACUAUUUGAAAUAGUUCCCAUGUCUGAACAUAUGUUUGUAUGUAUGUGACACGUUUUUUUUUUUUUUUUUGUCAAAAUACCCUAAGGAUCAAGAAUUUCACAAGACCUUACACUUUUUUUUAGGGGCUGGCCCA